UAAAUUUGAUAAGAGAAGCAAUGAAAAACUGGUUUUUGUAGCUAUACCUUUCUGCACUUUUGCCCUUCUGAAAACACAGUAAAAUACUAAUUUCUUUCUCGGGUUUUCAUCAGUUUCAUAAGGCAGAUUGUCCAUCAAAUCGUGGUGCUUUUAAAUUCUAAAGAAAUUUAAAUAUCGCUAUCAAUCGUUGGAAGCUGAAGAUGGAGCUAGAUGUUUCGAGCCAAGUGCAACCUGAUGUUAUUGCUAGCAAUGCAUCGGCUAAUUUCGAAGCUGGUAAAUCGAAAACAAGGCCACACAAGAAAGCAGCGAAUAACUAUUCGGAGGCUGAUAUGGCAAGAGCCUUAGAUCAAAUAAAAGCCAAAACACUUUCAAAAAGGCAAGCUGCCAAAACGUACGGAAUUCCAAGAGCCACUCUACAGUUCCGAUUGGGCUCCAAGUUCAAAGGCGAUCCACGGAAAGGAAAACCAACUGUACUGUCAAACGAGGAAGAAGCGAAAAUUGUGCACCACAUCCAACAGAUGGAGAGAAAGGGAUUUCCGAUCACCAAACCAGGACUGCUCAUGCGGAUUAAAUCUUUUAUAAAAGAAAACAAGCGUGAAACUCCGUUUAGAAACGGUAUCCCUGGUCGGAAGUGGUACGAAAGUUUCAUGAAGCGACAUCCGGAACUGUCGGAGCGUAUCCCGGAAGCAGUCAGCCAGGCUAGCUCAAGGGUAUCCGAAAAUAAUAUCCGGGAAUGGUUUUCGAAGGUGUAUGGAUAUUUGGAAGAACAUGGUUUAACUGCAGUGCUGAAUAACCCAUCACGAAUAUUCAACGCGGAUGAAACAAGCUUUGUGCUGAGUCCAGUUCCGAAAAAAGUCAUUGCCUCCAAAGGGAAUAAAAAUGUAAAUUUUGUUCUCCGAGGACGCUCUAAAGAAAAUAUUACUGUUCUUUUCGCAUUUUCCGCGGAUGGGAAUGUUUUGCCACCCGAUGUCAUCCUUCCUUUGAAGAGGAUGAAAAGAUCAACUAUUCAAAAUUAUCCUCCAGAAUGGGGUUUGGGAUCCUCCCCAAAUGGGUGGAUGGACACACGAAAUUUUUUGCUGUAUGUUAAAAACAUAUUCGUCCCGUUUUUAUUCAAACACAAAAUAGAGCUGCCAGUGAUAUUUUUCGUAGACGGACAUUCGUCCCAUAUGGCAUAUGAAGCUGCAGAAGAAUGCCUGAAGAAUAAAAUUAUAUUGGUGGCACUAUUUCCCAACGCCACUCACAUUCUUCAACCAGCAGAUGUUGCAAUUUUUCGACCUCUCAAGAGUGCUUGGACAAACACCGUUGAAAUAGUGGGAGCGACUAAAAUAUCAACAGAAAACUUUGGAACAAUACUUCCUGAAGCCAUGCGUAAAGCAUUCAAAAAGGAAACGAUAGUCAAUGGUUUCCGUUGCUGUGGCCU